GCGAUAAUCACAAACUGUCUUUAGAACAUUUCUACACAUACAGUCGCUUGCGGCUGUUGAGUCAGCGGAAUGUGGCGUUUCGUCUUUGUGCUCCUGCUUCUUGGAGGUUGUGGUGCCCAUGGGGUCGUAUGGAAGAUUAUUAUUCAUACAUCUGACGAAAAAGACGCGGGAACAAACUCCGACAUCUAUAUUACUCUCCAUGGAUCUCGCGGAUCUUCUGCAGAAAUAAUGUUACUCGAUUAUUUCAACGCCUUUGAGAGAAAUCAGAUCGACGGAUUCAUUGUUACAACGGACGACAUUGGUGAAGUGUGCUCACUGACCAUCAGGUCUGCCGGUAAAUACUUUUGUCCUGACUGGCAUCUCCGAGAGAUUGUGGUUCACGGAAGUUCACAAAAGAGAUUUUGGUGCAACUGCUGGUUAUCAGAGAGAGAUGGAUAUCACAGGGAACUCCAACCUGAUGUCCCAUGCUCCAGGUAAAACGAUGUGGGUGCAGACUUUGAAUCCGGCACUGACCAACCGACAUAAAGAGUUUAUUCACCUGAUGGAACACCUUGCUCAUCCGCUAACUGGAAGACAUUUAAAGAUAUAAAAAUGAACAUUCUUUAAAAUUGAGACAAAAAUGUGUUCUAUAGAAAGACGCCAUAGUCAAUGGUCUGCAAAUUUAAUACUGUUUGAAUGUCAUUUUGAAAAAAAAAAUACAUUUUCUGAGUAUUAUCUAUUACAGUCAGAAUUCUCAUUUAAACUACUUGAAAAAAACAUUUCUCAGAUAGUUAUUUUACAUUUGAUUAUUCUGUCACAAGAUGUAAUGAAAAGUUAGGAAGUACAUGUACACUAGCCAACCCUAAAGAGUAGUAAACUGUAAACGUUUCUGCAAAAGUCUACCUUAUAACCCAAGGUCUUUUACCCAACAAACAAUUCUAAAGCGAACAAUUCUAGAAAAAGAAAAAGAGUGGAAAGUAAUGUCUAAUUUGUCGAAAAAAAACGUGGUCUAAGAUUUUGAAUUUUAUCGUUGUAAAUGUCAUCGAAAACGCAAGGUGAAAAUAAAAAAGUUGAAUCACAA